GGGGUUUUUAGCGGCCGCUUAAUCACAGCGGAACGAGCCUCUCCUGACACAUUUCCACACAUUCCUGGUACUGGAGCGGUCUUGGCCUCGGUCUUGGGGGGGUUGUUCUCGACAUUCUGUGUCUUUUGUCAGCCACGAACAAGCAGUGAAACGUCCGAAGGAGCACCGGACCGAACCGAACCGGACUCGGGCUCCCUGCUACCCCCCUCGGCUUGCUUCGCUCUCUGGCUCCAGCGAGAAGCGGAGAAUCCCCUCACACGACUACCUCUCUGCCGGCUGCGGGGAGAGCUCCAGCUCGCCGAAGGUGACUCCGUGGGUGGAUUAGCGCCUCGGAGUAAGUGACCAAGUGAGUGGGGAACGUGGUCCAGGGUCGGCGUCGAAGCCGCGGGGGAUCUCCGGCAGCCACCGCAGCGGCCAUGGCAGGAGGACGGGCGGCCGUCGGGCUGCUCCUUCUGGGGUGUUUGAGCUUCCAGCGCGCCGCCGCCUUCAACCUGGACGCGGAGAAGCCCUUCGAGUACACCGGGCCAGAGGGAAGCUACUUUGGCUUCUCCGUGGACUUCUUUAAAUCCCCAAACAACCUGAACGCCGACGUUCUCAUCGGAGCGCCUCGAGCCAACACGUCGUCCCCCAGCACCGUGGUGGAGAGGGGCGCGGUGUACAGCUGUCCCUGGAAGAGCGCCUCCAGCUGCCAGCAGCUGCUGUUCGACAACACAGAUGACAGGAUGAAAGACAACAAACAGAUAGAGUUCAAGUCCAAACAGUGGUUCGGUGCCUCAGUACGAUCCGAUGGAGUCCACAUCCUGGCCUGCGCUCCUCUCUACCAGUGGUCGACCUUCGGCUUCAGCGAGCGGGAGCCUGUGGGAACAUGUUACCUGAAGAGAGGAGACAAAGUGGUGGAGUACUCACCCUGCAGAUCGAAUUCCCAGACCCCAGAAGGUCAAGGCUUCUGCCAGGCUGGCUUCAGCGCAGACUUUGUUAAGACAAGCAAGAGAGUGGUGGUGGGAGGACCGGGCAGCUUCUACUGGCAGGGCCAGUUGAUUUCAGAUGACGUCGAUGAGAUUAUCACCCGUUUCAGCAACAACUACAUCACGCAGUACGGAAGCACACUGUCCACCAAAUCAGCUGCUGCUGAGUUUGACGACAGCUACCUCGGAUACUCUGUGGUGGUCGGGGAUUUUAACGAGGAUGGAAAGGAAGAUUAUGUGACUGGAGUACCCAGAGGGAGCAAGGCACUGGGUUAUGUGAACAUCUUCAAUGGGGCCAACAUGGGGUCCAUGAUUAACUUCACCGGCUCUCAGAUGGCUGCCUACUUUGGACAUUCGGUGGCUGCCUCUGAUGUUAAUGCCGACGGGUUCAUGGAUCUGUUGGUUGGAGCUCCCCUCUUCAUGGACAGGGGCUCGAACGUGAAGCUGAGGGAGGUGGGACAGGUGUCUCUGUACCUCGGUCGCGGCGGCUUCUCCUUCAGCCCGCCUCAGCUUCUGACAGGCUCAGAGGUUUACGCCAGAUUCGGCUCUGCCAUCGCAGCAGUGGGGGACCUGGACAGGGAUGGUUACAACGAUGUGGCCAUCUCUGCUCCCUACGGAGGCCCCGACCACAACGGCUUGGUCUACAUUCAUUAUGGCCUCUCCUCAGGGAUUGGCCAUACACCUUCUCAGGUCUUGCAGGGUAAAUGGGCGUCCAGCUACAUGCCGGCUAGCUUUGGCUAUUCCAUGACUGGAAAUACUGACAUAGACCAGAAUGGAUAUCCAGACUUAAUAGUUGGAGCAUUUGGAGCAGACAAAGCCAUUUUAUACAGAGCUCGUCCAGUGAUCAGUGUGAACGCCACAUUAGACAUAACCCCCCAGAUCAUCAACCCAGAGGAAAAAGACUGCACCAUUCCUGGUACCUCCACUGCUGUGUCAUGUUUUAAAGUGAAGUACUGUCUGGCAGCCGGCGGCAUUGGAGCUCCAGCCUCCCUGAGUUUUCGCAUAGACCUGACACUGGAUCGCCUGAAGCAGAAGGAGGCGACCAAACGCGCUCUCUUCCUGUACAGUCGGACCUUCCAAUACUCUAAGAACAUGACGGUGAACAGCAACAGACGCCUGGCCUGCGAGGAGCAGUUUGUGUUUUUAAGGGAUGACCGCGAGUUUCGAGAUAAGAUCACUCCCAUCUCUGUGAUCAUGGAGUACAGUCUGGACUACCAGCUGGCGGCAGAUCGGACCGGACUGCUGCCCAUAGUCAAUGCCGGGGCACCAAAAAACGCCACCAAGCAGGCUCACAUUCUGUUGGAUUGUGGCGAUGACAACAUCUGUAAACCUGACCUCAGGUUGAAUGUGAAAAGCGGCCGUGAGCAGAUCUACAUCGGAGACGACAACGCUCUCACCCUGGAGGUCACAGCUGAGAAUAAGGGCGAGGGGGCGUACGAGGCCGAGCUCCACAUCUACCCCCCUCAGCAGGCCGACUUUACCGAGGUUGUUCGCCGUCAGAACCUCUCCAGGCUUUCCUGCGCCUACAAGAAGGAGAAUGAGACCAAGAUGGUGGUGUGUGACCUGGGAAACCCCAUGAAGCGAGACACUAAGAUCGUGGCAGAGCUGAAAUUCAGCGUGCACCAGCUAUCAGAGGACGACACUGAAAUCAAAUUUGACCUUCAGAUAGUCAGCUCUAACCUGUUUGAAAACACAAGUCCUCUAGUGUCCAGCGUCACACAACUGGCCAUCCUCUCCAAAGUCUCCAUCAGAGGGUCAUCGUCUCCUGCUCAGGUGCUGUUGCCCAUCGCCAACUGGAAGCCCAAAAACCCUCCGGUGGUCGGAGACGACCUCGGGCCGCAGAUCUUGCACAUCUAUGAGCUCGUGAACAACGGGCCCAGUACGUUCAGUAAGGCAUCACUAGACGUCGACUGGCCGUACCGCUUUGGGAACGGCUCUCUGCUCUACGUCGUCAACUUUGACACUGAUGGACCCAUCAACUGCACCACAGAUGUGGAGAUCAACCCCCUCAAUCUCUCGAACCCAUUGCCAUCACAGAAGAACACCAGCGUUGGUCCGCCUAGAGAGCGAGAGACAGAGGGAUUUGGCAAAAGUCGUGUGAGAAAGAGAGACCUGGAAGCCAGAGAGACACAAAGCGACCUCCAAACAUUGGACUGCCAAACAGCGACGUGUCUGAGGGUGAGAUGUCAAGUCGGUCGUCUGGAGAGAAAAAAGAACGCCAUUCUAUUCAUCUACUCUAGACUGGAUGUCAAUAACUUCCUCAGGGCUGAGAAUCAGAAUCGAUCCUAUGUGGUUCGCUCCACAGCCUCGUUUAGCGUCAUUGAGAUGCCGUAUAAGAAUCUGAAGACCGAGCUACCCUCCAACUCCACCACAGUCAGUGUGACAGUGACAUGGGUGACGGACACUCCUCAACCGGUACCAGGCUGGGUGGUGGCCCUGGCUGUACUCGCAGGACUGCUACUGCUGGCUUUGCUCAUCUUCAUUAUGUACAAGUUGGGUUUCUUUAAGCGAGUACGCCCCCCACAGGAGGACUGCACUGAGAAGGAGCAGCUGCAGCCGGAGGAGAACGGCAACACUGACGCUUAGAGGCCUGGAUGUAAGAUAGAGAAAGUUGAGGAGAGAAGAUAUCAGGGUAAACCAGCCUCAGAGAGAAUCACUGUAAUGACUGUUUGGGGGGGGUAGAUAACGGUACUUGUUUGGCUUUUAUUGUGUUUUUCUGUUUUGUUUUGUUUUAAUCAUGUUGCAUUUGUGCCAAAAGACAAGCUGGAAAACACUGGUCACGGAUGAAAUCCUCAACGCUCAAAUUAGCAGUUUUAGAGUCGGUCGGUAUGGGAUCAUUUCGUCUCUGCAUCGAUGUGUGCACAUCAUGUCCACAACACUGAAGCACUUAAUUAUUUAGCAUCAAAAAUGGUCAUGGUUUAGUUCCCGCUCCAUCUCAGUGAUCCUUAAACAUUUGAACUAACAAGUUUGAAAGAGUGCCAA